AUGUCACUUUUUUACAUUUUUAAAUUUCCCGCUAUUCCAUCCCCGUACGUCCUGACGUCGCAGGGAACAGAACACAGAAGACAGAUGCCAGCAUCGGCCGGAGGAGAUGGUCGGGGACACUGCAGGGGGGACAUUGCGGGAGCGCAGGACAAGGUAAGUGUAGAAGAGAUCCCGGAGCAGCGUUGCAGGGUAUUCCCGAGUGUAGCUAGGGGUUACCGCUUGUGGUGCUGAAACUUCACCCCGAGCUACACUUGGGAAUACCUCCACGUAGUUUAAU